AUGGCACAAACCCCACCAACCACAGUCCGUCUUCCGCGACUCUUCAUCACCAACUCCGCCCACCAAGCUUGCUAUCAACGAGCAAUCCCGAACACAACAUCGCCUACGAUCCAGCCCAGAAUGCCCUCCAGAGAAGCAACGCAUGCCGGGUCCUGGUACUCAGACCACGAGCCAACCCUCUCGAGCCAGCUGGAGAAAUGGCUUGCUCAGGUCCCAGACGAGCUGCCUGGCAUCGGCCGACUCCCCAUUGCGGGAGCUAGAGUCAUCAUUGCACCUCACGCUGGUUACGCAUACUCUGGACCGUGUGCUGCAUGGGCUUAUAAGGCGCUGGACCUCUCCAAAGCGAAAAGCAUCUUCCUCCUCGGCCCCUCUCACCACCACCACCUCUCACAGGCCUCGCCCUCCCGCAACUAA